AACUGGUGUUCUGUUCAAUCAAUGACACUAUAUUGAGACUCAGUCUAGACAGGUGUUAAGCCACAAAAGAGAAUUAGAGGCCAUCAGAUAUGAGAUAUAUUUAUAUUUCAUUUAUAAAAAAACAAUGUCCAUGAAGUUUAAACAUGUGAUGAAAGUUGCAAGUGAUUAAUAGUUUAAUACUAUCCUUUCGUGCAUUGUACGUAAUUACAUCUGUUUCUUUCUGCCUUGGGAGAAGAUUUAGACCUUUAAAAGACAUCUAUAAAGGUAGUGGCGUUUGGAAAUGGUAAAGGGCAAGUGGACAUCGGGAAAGGACCACCUCAAUCUGAAUGAAUGAAUCAAAUGUUAUCGUAAUGACGUCAACGCCAGGGCCACGGGAAACGGGGUGGAGAAGGGAGCGCGUGCUGCAGGUGGGACGCUCUUGCGCCGCUUCGCUCGCUCUCCUGCUCAGACUGAACCAGAGUAGUGAGUGCGUCGGUAAGGGACAGACAUACACGGCGAAAUGGGCAAGCUCCAGGAAUUUGACAUUACUUUCACUAACAAUAAAGUGGUUUACAGCCCCGGAGAAUCCAUAUCUGGAUGCGUGAAGAUCACAAGUAGCGGCUCCCUGAAAUACAAUGCCAUCAAGGUGAACUGCCUGGGGUCAUGCGGCGUCUCCACCAAGAUGAACGACGUGGCGUGGAUGCUAGAGGAGCAGUACUUCAGCAGCACGCUCUCUGUGGCCGACAAGGGAGCGUUACCGCCAGGCGAGCACAACUUCCCCUUCCAGUUCCCUAUUCCAGCAUCCGUCCCCACCUCCUUCGAGGGACCCUUCGGGAAGAUCUUCUACAGGGUGCGGGCUGUGAUCGACACGCCACGCUUCUCAAAGGACUACAAGGCCCAGAGAGCCUUUUACCUACUCAACGUGCUCAACCUCAACGACGUGCAAGAUAUUGAGCAACCCAGCUGCGCUGUGAUGACGAGGAAGUUCAGCUACCUCCUGGUGAAGACGGGCACGCUGAUGCUGAAGGCGCGGAGCGACCUGAGGGGCUACACCCCAGGCCAGGUCAUCCAGCUGGCCACGGAGAUCCACAACAAGUCUGGAAAAGACACAGGCUGUGUGCUGGCCAGCCUCGUGCAGAAAGUGACCUAUAGGAGCAAGCGGCCCCUCAUGGACCUGCGCACCAUCGCCGAGGUGGAGGGGGCGGGGGUGAAGGCCGGCAAACAUGCAGAGUGGCGGGAGCAGAUUAUCGUCCCGCCCCUCCCUCAGUCCGCCCUCACUGGCUGCAGCCUCAUUGACAUCGAGUACUUCAUCCAGGUAUCUCUGAAGUCUCCGGAAGCUGUGGUCACUCUACCCAUCUACAUCGGCAACAUCGCUGUCAACAUGACCCCCUCCAGGCCAAUGCUCCCCCACCCUGGCACCCCUCUGGGUGCCAUGUCCAGUCCCUGCCCCAGGGGUGUCGUCCCCAGCGCCCCCCCGGCCGAGGAGGACCCGGACUCGCUGGGUGCGGGAGGCCUCGCCAGCGAGGAGAUCCCCACCAAGAGCCACUCCCAGCAGGACCCAACCGGCCAGCCCACCACUGUGUCCUCCAGCGCAUUCGGCUAUGCCCCAGGCCUAGCCACCCCGCACGGGCAAUGCAACCCUAAUGCAGCUCCGGAUGGCUCUGCUCAGCUGUUCUGUGUGUCCACCGGGGCCUCCAUACCAUUCUUCUCAGAGGGAAACGCCACGCCUGUGCCCACGUCAUGCUCACUGAUUCUGCCGCCUGAGUACAGCCGCUGGGACUUCCCUCCCGAACCCCCUCCCACCUAUGAGGAGAGCUGCAACAGCAACUCCAGUUUCAACAGUUAGACAAAAGGACAUAUGGGAACUAUGAGCAUGGAUACAAGGGGUGUGUGCUGCUGGACGUAAUGGACUAGAUGUGACGGGCAUUGCAAUCAGCCCCCCAAACCUGCCUUUGGCCUGAUCAUUGUUCUCUCCAGUGAGGCUGUGUUACAUUUAUUUUAUAAAUACUUAAAAAGGGAUCAAGACUUAGUUGUACCUAUUCACCCCCCCCCUAUUUCCCAAUACUGUGUUCUACGCGGAGGAGAAAACAAGGGAGAGAAAAAGGCAAAGAAAAAAGUAUUUGACUGCGCUAAAUGGAGGCACUUCUUAAAAACCACUUAAUAUGUAUGUUUGUAUGCAGCAACACUGGAGAUCAUAAUUAGGAGUGAAUAUAUGAGGGGGGUAGUUCAAGUUUUGUGUUUAAAGAAAGUAAAAUAUUAGCAUCUGUGAUGCCUGGAAAUAAAGAAAAAACAUCCUAUUGUAA